CUCAAACCCAUUUUCCUCCCUUCCAGAACUGCAUGGCCCGCGCUUUGUACGACAACGCAGCAGAGUCACCGGACGAGCUGGCCUUCAGAAGGAGCGACCUGCUGACGGUGCUGGAGCAGAACACGGCGGGGCUGGAGGGCUGGUGGCUAUGCUCUCUCCGCGGCAGACAGGGCAUUUGUCCCGGCAACCGGCUUCGCAUCCUGCCGGGCAUUUACGAUACCGGCUCGGGGGUCACCAGUCUGUCCGGCCUUGUGACCCGCCCCGGCGCCACCAGCCCGGGGCCCCGCACGCAGCAGAAGACCAACAAGGUGGUGACCCCGCGACGUGUCGGCGACGUGUACACCUACGACACGCCCCGGGCCAUGACGCAGGCCGCGCAGCUCGACUACGACGUUCCGCCCUCCAAGCACGACACCAGUGGCACCCGUUUGUUGUCCCGCAGCAGCAGCCUCCGCUAUGACUCUCCUCGUCCCCAGGGUCGCUCUCCCCUCGACCAGUAUGACAUUCCACGCUCCCAGUAUGACUCGCCGAAGACCAGGGCUCUCUACGACUCCCCAAAGGCUCAGCAACACUAUGACUCACCACGGCCUCACCCGGAGGGGCAGCGUGCGGGAGGGGUUUCACGCAGCAUGAUCAAGGGCGUGCGUGGUGGCCUGCCUCCCACCAUGAGCCCAGGAGAUAAUCUGCAGGAAUAUGAUGUACCAAGGCCCACCAACACAAACCAUGAGGUGCAACACGACAUGCCGCCCAGUGACAGGUCGAGUGGCGUGUCAGUCAUGUCUUGUGAGUCGUCUCAACUUUCCACCUCCUCCUCAGCCUCCUCCUUGGCACCCUCGGAGUCCCUCUCUCUUUCUUCCUGCGGUGGGUCCUCCAAUCGCUCCAGUCUAGAGUCCCAUGAUGUGUACGACUUUCCUCCCGAGCCAAGGAAAGUUGGGGGUUCACAGCGCCCUAAACUGCCACCUCGGGAAAUGAAGGACUGCAGAGAUGCCUAUGAUGUCCCUCGCAAUGUUCUGGCAGUGGGCAGCGAGACAUAUGACACGCCGCCCUCCAGGACAUCACGCUCCCUGCUCGUGCGAGGCGCUGGCGGAGAAGGUGUGUAUGAUGUGCCACCACAGGUCAGUCGAGACGUCCGGCAGCCAGACUGUGUGGACUCAGCACCAAACAGACUGUCCUCAGGUUCAGACUCAUCGGGAGGGGAGGUAGACCUCAGUUAUGGUAAAGGUCUUCCCUUAGAGUUCGACUCUGCUCUAGAAACAUUGGUCAAGCUGCAGCAAGAUGUUUACAGCGCCAUAGAAAAGCUUUCCAUAGUGCACCAGAAUGUGUCGUGGCGCUCCCGAGAGAAAGUGGAGGACCGUGAGGAGGAACUUAAAAAUAUUGUGAACAGACUUCUUCAGUCUGUCAAUGCCAUCAUCGAAUUUGGCCAAGGCUCCAUCGUCAACGCUUCACAUAACGGUGAGCGAGGUGUUGCCCGGCGGUUGCAGCGCCUCAUAGAGCCUAUGAUUAAAAUCAGGUCCAUUGUAGAGGACUCGCUGGCAAGGCUUCAGGAAGGCACGUGGAGACGAGCGCUGAGCAGUGGGACCAACCCUGAACACUUCAACCAGCUGGCCACCAUUGCUCAUUCUCUCGUGGAGGAUGUGCGUCUCCUGGCCAACACCAUCCAGACCAAGGCCUUGCUUCUCUUCAAGAAGUCCCAAGGCUUAGACAUCUCCGGCUACACACGGCAGCAGGGGAUUGAAGAUGAGGAAAAAACUCCGGUCCAAGAGAGGCCUCUGCCUGACCUGCCUAACAAGAAAGCCUUUGAGAACCUGUACGAGAACGAUACUAAGAAAUGGCUUGAUGACUAUGACUACGUUAGUCUUGAGACUCGAGCGAGUGUUGAACGAGAGCAAGAGGACAUAAAGAAGGAUCUCCCAGCACCACUUCGGAAGUCCUUUGACAACUUGGUGAAGCAGUCUCAAGUGAUCGUCGACAGUGACCAUGAAAAGGCCAUUCAGAAGGGCGACAUGACUCACCUGGGCGGCCUGAAGCGAGCCGGUAACAACAUCCUUGACCCCAAUGACAAGCAGGUCAUCAACUUCUACGCCAGCCAGAGUGAGGUCCACUUACAGCACCUCAACACUGCCAUCGACGCCUUCCUCCUCACCAUUGAGAACAACCAGCCUCCUAAAGUCUUCAUCGCACACUCCAAAUUUGUCAUCCUCAAUGCACACAAGCUGGUGUACAUCGGCGACACCGUCCACAGAAACGUGGUGAACGCUGAGGUCAGAACUCGGGUCCUCAACUGCUCCAAUGCCCUGUCUGAUGCCAUGAAGCUCACUGUCACGGCGGCCAAGACAGCAGCCCUCCAGUUCCCUUCUGUAGUGGCCGUGCAGGCGAUGGUGGACUCUUUCGUGGCUGUCUCAAACCUGGCCAACAACUUGAAGCAGGCGAUCUCGGUGCCACCUGUCUGAGGCACCCAUGUAGCCACCUUAGCUCAGCUCCUUGACAUGGCAUGCCUCACACCUACACUAGCUGCCGCGGGCCACAUUCAGCCUGGCCCUCUCCUUGGUGCUAAGUUGGGGAUAGGAGGCAGGCCAGCGCAGGGAGGGACAGGCAGGCCAGUGCGUGGGUAAAGCAGGCCAACUUGAGGCACAGACAAGCUAUCAAAUCUACCUUAGAGAGUUAUCAGGGAACCAUAUUUUGAGUUCAGUCUUUUUUCCCAGUUUUGUGCAAAGGUGAAUUGGCUAUUCUAAACUACUGAUUUCAAGAGACUCUGUACAUUGUUUUAACAUUAAUUUAUAUGUGCACCUCUUACAAGGUCAACAGUUAAGAUGGCUAUUGUUAUAUAAUUUUAUCCAGUUGUUAUGUUCUCCACAAGUAUCUGUAUUGUGCUGCAGUGUAGGUAUUUAUUUUAUUAAACUUGUAGUGUUCUGAUUCUUAGGAGUAAGUUUUUCUCUGCUGAGUUUCACGACCGACACCUACAAUUGGGUUAUUCUAUUGGUUGGUGACUGUACCUGGAAGUCAUUUUAAGAUUGGAUCUUUCUCACGCUGAAGCAUCGUGCGGGGCAGACCUGUGUUGUCCAGAGCCCAAGUUCUCCUUCCCCAGCCUCCUGAGACUCAUCUCGGGAGCAUCACAGACAUGUGAAGCAUAAAUAAUAUAUAUAAAUACUUUAUAGUCGCUUUUUCUGUCUAGAGAGUUUGCAAAGUCUGUCUUUGACUACCUUACAAAGCCAUGUGUUCCCUCGGAGUCUGGGGACAACAGAACAUGCCUGUGGUUACUGAGGCUGUGGGAAAGGUGUAAUCUUAAAUGUUAUGUCUUGGUUUUGUCCUGAUGGUUGCCGCCAGACGGGCGGACGGCCGACUCUCGUGAGCAUCUUCCAGUUUCUUUAAGAUGAACCAAGUCGACUUCCACUUGUUACAGUCAAUAUGGUGGAAUUCUAAAUUCCCAGGCUGUGAUUAUAGUGUUUAAGUAAAAGACUAAUUUUUAAUUUCUUAUUAUUUGUAAAUAUAAUGAAAUCACUAUGCCACUGUACAUAGCAUGAGAGAGUCAACUUUUUGCCGUGACGAUGCCAAAUGCCCCUCAGGGUUGUGGCGAGUCGUCGAGGAGGCCAGCCGGGUGCCAUGGCGGCCCGAGCCUUGACUACACACGAAUCAAAACGAAGUGCUACGGCGAAUGCUACGCUUGACUGACCGGUCCUACUGCUUUUAGCCAGAGCUUAGUCAGUGUCCAGCCAGAGCGUAGGUGUAUCCAAGCCAUACUUUGCUCUCUCCACAGUGAACAUCCACAACCCUGCCCAGCAAGUAGUGUGCACAAGGAUCUGCCACACCCUGUUGUGCCCAUGACCCAAGUGUUGAUUACCAGUCACCUGUCCACUGCCGCUUCUUACUGCCAGCAGUCACCACUUACGUGCGGCACUCACCUGCCAGUGAGUGCAUGAGCAAGUGAGUGAAUGUGAAGACGAAUCACGUAGGUGUUUCCUAUGCAGUCAGUUCCCCUUAGGACCGGUAGUGCCCCUGUGUACCCUUUCCUAUUCUAUGUGGCGCUCACUGACUCUCCCUUAUACUGAGCGUCGCUCCUCCUGCCGACACCUCGCUAUGCAAAGCAGCCCACUGCCCUGUGGAGGUGCUGAGGCCCAGCGAGGGGCCACACAGGGCUUGGAGAAAGACAGUGUUUCGAUGAGUCGCCUGAAGGAGGCCUUGAGGAGGUCCUGAGGCCCCUGUAACUUGUGCUUCACGAGAUGAUCAUGUUACACACACCCACACACACACACACACACUUGCACAACUACACACCCUUUCUCACACACACACACACACACACACACACAUGUACAAAAUGAUCAUACAGUCACAUUUGCGUGGUGUUAUUUGCGCACAGUGUAUGUAAAUAUAUAGCGAAAAGAGAGGAGAAAGAGUGUGUGUAUGUGUAUGUGUGUGUAUGUGUGUGUGUGUUAACGAUGACCUCUUGUGUUUUUGUACCUAUAUUUGAUAUGUAAUGUACUUUAACAUGCCAACACCAUAACCAGGUUAAUAAAACUGUGUGUCUA